CCCCCGAUCCUCCCUCCCAAACCCAGCAGCCAGGAGCCCAGCCGCAUCGGCACUCCGGCAACCGGCGCAGCGCCGCCUCCACCACCGUCGACCUUGUCCGAAGCGGGGCAGCAGUAUCGGAGCUCCGUGAUAGCUGGCCUGGAUGCAGCGGCAACAGCAGCAGGAGGAGUGCCGACACCGCCGCCUGCUCCAGCGGCGGUAGCGCCCAGGGCUGCCGAUAUCCCCGAUCCGGGAGACCAAUGGCUUCCGCAGGUGCUCCAGGAUAAAUCCAUCCAAGACCUCGCCGACAUCCUCUCCAACCCCUCUCUCCUCAACGGCCUCACAAACUCCCCCUCCUCCAUCCACCCUUCCCUCCAAGCCUCCCACCAAGACCUCCUCGCCGCCCUCUCCUCCAACAUGGACCUCGCCACGCGCCUCUCCGAGCUCGAGUCCCGCCUCGCCCACCAGCGCUCCGCCGCCCAGGCCCAGCUGCUCUCCAUGCAUGCCCUCGAGCGCCAGUGGCGCCAGAAGCAGUCCGACAUGGACCUCGCCCUUGCGCGCUUCAGCCCCUCCGCGCUCUACCAGCUGCUCAACCAGAGCGUCCAGGAGCAGGCUCUCGUGUGCCAGGCCAUGGAGGAGAGUUUUCUGGAUAGAGAUGGCGUCGACGGCGGUGGUGGAGAGGCGACUACGUCCGAGAGGGAGGCCGCUGAGUGGAUUAGACGUUAUAGGGAGGCAAAAGUGCAGUAUUACCUGCGGCAGGAGCGUAAGGACAGGUGGGAUGAAGGCCGAGUCGGUGGUUGGAGGUAA